UGGCCUUCCCUUGCCAUUCCUUUCCUUCAGGAUGCUCUGUCCCUCCCACCCCUCACCCUAGGCAUGUGUGUGCUGCGUGUCUGGUGUUGCUGGGAGAGGCUGAGGCGUGGUGUUGCUGCUUUGCUAGCUUGGUGAUGCUGGUGAUGUGAUGCUGCUGUCCUCACACUGCCCUAACUCAUGACAUUAGUGAUGGCGCAGGUCCCAAUGCGCAUGGCUCAGCCUAGCCUGGUGCCGCCCCAUCAGCAGCGACCCCCCAUGAUGGUCUCCAUGACACAGCCACCGCCUGUAUCCAUGCAGGGUCUGGUGAGCAUGGCGCCCAUGAUGGCUCCCACUGGUGGGAUGGCUGUCAUGACUCAGGCCAUGAGUCACCCAGAGUCAGGUGUUGGUCCUGACCACCACACCCUCAGCACGCAAUACCACCACCACCACCCACACCACCACCAUGGCCCCCCAGGUCCCCACCACCCUGGUCCUCCACCACACCAUCCCAGUGGUCCCCCUCAGCCGCCCCCAACAGGGCCUCCCCCACACACGGGUCCCCCACACUCCCAGUAUCACCCAGCACAUCACCCAGCACAAACCCCCCACCAUGGUCCACACCCAUCCCACGGCCCACACCAUGGCCCCCACCACUCUGCCCCGCACUCCAACCCCCACACUGGCCCUCACAGUGCACCCCACACAGGCCCCCAUUCCGGCCCUCACUCUGGCCCUCACUCAGGGCCACACUCGGGCCCUCACUCUGGUCCUCACACUGGCCCACACUCCGGCCCUCACUCUGGCCCCCACUCUGGCCCACACUCAGGGCCACAUGGGGGGCCACCCACUGGACCCCAUGGAGGCCCUCAUGGAGGCCCUCACAGCCAUGGCGGCCCUCACUCGGGGCCACACAUGGGACUCCACAGUGGUAGCAGCAGUAGUGGGCCGCACGGUGGUCCCCACGGUGGGCCGCAUGGGGGUCACCACGGAGGGCCGGCCCAUCUCCAGGCCACGGCUGGCGUGACGGGGCCUCCCCAUAUGACCCACCCCCCACACUCUGUCAUGCAUCACUCCGCCCCACACCAGAUAGGUGGGAUGGGCAGCAGUGGGCCAGGAGGGAUGGGCACCUCACCUAGCAGUAGUCACCAGCAACAGCAACAACCACAACAACCUCAGCAUCAGCAACAGCAUCAACAUCAGCAUCAACAUCAGCAUCAGCAUCAGCAGCCAGCACAACAGCAGCAGCAGCAGCAGCCUCCCCCACACCAUGCACAGGUCCAUCAACAGCCAAUGACACAAACAAUGCAGCAUCCUCAGCAACAAACACAGCCUCCCCUACAACCACCACAGCCACCUCAGCAGCAGCAGCAGCCAGCACAGCCCCAGCAGGACAUGGUUGGUGGCAACAGUGUGGUGGGUCUCAGUCCAUCAGCCAAUGGGGUCAGUGUAAGCAGUGCCUCCUCCGCCAAUUCCCCGCUUACCGGUGUGGGGCCGAUGGGCACAGACCCUUCAGCCUCCAGCAAAGAAAAGACUCCCAUGUGUCUCAUUAAUGAAUUGGCCAGGUACAAUAAGAUCCAACACCAGUAUUGUUUAACGGAUGAGAAGGGUCCUGCUCACAAGAAAACCUUCACCGUAACACUGCGUCUUGGUGAGAGUGAAGACUACACCGCAUCCGGCCCCAGCAUCAAGAAAGCCCAGCACUCUGCUGCAGCCAUUGCCUUGGAGAAGACACAGUUCAAACACCCUCCACCCAAGACACAGAGGCAAAAUAAACAAACUAAAUUGACACCCACCGUGGAGCUGAAUGCCUUGGCCAUGAAGCGAGGGGAGGCUGCCAUCUACACCUUCAUGGAGACACCACGACCUCCCAACCCAUACUUCAACAUGCCUCCAAACAUCAGGGCCAUGUACAAUCAGAAAUAUUACGGUCGACCUCCACUCUACCCCAUCUUCUUUGUGACACUGCGGGUGGGAUCACGGGAAUUCAUUGGAGAGGGGACAACAGCACAGCAGGCCAAACACAACGCUGCCUCCAAGGCCCUCAAGCUGAUGAAGACACUGCCCAUGCCAGAGAAUGCUGCCACCUGCACCCAGGGAGGUGAGGGCCAACCCACUGCCAAUCUCACUGAAUUUUUAAUACCAUAUCUCUCUGACCUGGAUCCCAAUGCAGACCUGAAGUCCCCCAUCUCUCUGGUUCAUGAGAUAGCACUGAAGCGAAACUUGAUGGUCACAUUUGAAGUAGUGAGAGAGUCUGGACCGCCCCAUGUCCGCACUUUUGUCACAGUGUGCAUGGUUGGGGAAUACCGCACUGAGGGAGAAGGGACUGGCAAGAAGGUGAGCAAGAAGAGAGCAGCAGAGUUAAUGCUGGAGGAACUACGCAAGCUUCCCGCUCUGCCGCCGACCACAAUGGUCCGCAUCAAGCGUAAACCCACAACGAAGAAGAAGAGCCGAAACCUCAUCAAGGUGGGUCAAGAGGAACAGAAGGCAGCCCCAGAAUACGGCCAGGGCAUCAACCCCAUCUCACGCCUUAUCCAGAUCCAGCAGGCCAAGAAGGAGAAGGAGCCGGUAUACACUCUUCUGGCAGAGCGUGGGGUGCCGCGCCGCAGGGAGUUCAUCAUGCAGGUCACUGUAGGGACCCAGAAUGCCCAAGGAAGUGGGCCAAACAAAAAACUUGCUAAGAGAGCAGCUGCUGAGAACAUGUUGCAGCUGUUGGGUUACUCUCGUCCCCAGCCUCAGCCAGGGAAGUCUGCAAUCAAGACUGAUGGUGCUAACUCAGAUCCUGACAAAACCAGAAAGGUGACUUUCUUGGAAGAUGGAGGAGACCAGCGAGGGUCCGAGGCAGCUGUUGUGGGCAGCGUGAACACCUUGGGUCAGAUGGGAGGGCCUGCUGUUGGAGGAGGUAGGCAGUUAGUGCCAGGACUCAUCAUGAUGCCAGAUGGCUCAGCUCUCCAUGGCUUCCAGCAGGUCCAACCUCAAGGCAUGGGGGUGGUGAGUGUUGGUCCAAUGGUCAACAUGCAGGCCACUGCAACUAUAGCCAAGGAGUUACUGAAGUCUGGAAACUCCCCUACAGCAGAGGCAAUGGUGAAACAGAGUCUUCCGCCAGCGCCUCAGGGCUCCCUCCAGGGGCCUCCACCAUCCAGCCAGCAGACCCUUCCACCUCCACCCCAGCAACCAUCAUCCAUGACCGGGCCACCACAGCAACAGCAACAACAACAGCAGCAACAGCAGCAGCAGCAACCUCAGCCACCCACUCAGCAGCCCCCACAGCAGCCCCCGCCACCCCCGCCACAAAUUCAACAGCCACAGCAACCUCCACCUCAACCACAAAUUCCCCAGCAGCAGCAGCAGCAACAGCAACCACAACCACAGCAGCAGCAGCAACAACAGCCACCACAACAGCAGCAGCCACAUGUACCAACCCAGCAACAACAGCAGCAGCAGCAACAACAGCAACAACAGCAGCAACAACAGCACCAAGCUAUGGUUAAUCAGAAUCCUGUAUCCACCACGCAGGCAGUGCGACCCAAGGACCAGCUGAUGUACCUGGCCCAGAUCCUGGGGCUGCAAGUUCAGUUUACUGAUUUUCCCAAGGGAAAUAAGAGUGAGUACCUGAGCCUGGUGUCUCUCUCCACCAACCCUCCCCAUGUCUCUCACGGUGCUGGGCCCACCAUUGAUGACUCCCAUGAUCAGGCCUGCCUCACUGCCCUACGAGCCCUGGCACAGAUGGGCCUGGAUACUGUAACAGCAACCAAGCAGGAAUGAGGUGGUGGUGACUAUUUGGACAGGAGAACCACACCAACCUGUACUGCUUUAUUAUUAUUAUUGCUCUGCACAACCCUCCAUCUCAUUAAAAAAAUUCAAAUGACAAAUUUGCACAAAUGAAGAUUGUAAUAAUUAUUCUUGAAGCUGCACAAAGGAUAUACACAAGUUAUUGUCAAAAUAUCAAGAGUUCUUAAGACCCUCUUCAUUUGCUUUGCAGUUUUUUUUAUUAAUUUUCACUCAUGUUAUUUCAUUAGCUUACUUCAAGGUUGAGUUCAGCUCUCAAUACUGUAAACUCAACCUUAAAGACCUUUCAAUUGGUGUGGUUUUCCUAGUCCUCUACAAUACACUUGCAGGUAUGGCAUGGUGGGUGCAUAUUAACACAUCCCGAUGUGUUUAUGCGGCUUGAUCAGUAUUCUGAGCCUUCUUCCUUCCCUGAAAAGUAAUCACAACUGCCGAUCUUGCCGUAUAUUCUUCCUGUCUUCCUGUUUUACCUUCUGAAUAGAUCUCUUCUUGUUUUCUACUUCCUCUCAUAUCUCGUGAGAACUGACUUUUCUUAUGGAUGAAAUAUAAGAGCAACGUAUUUUAUAAUUUGAGUGAAACGGUAUGGCAAACAGGAUGUAGAGUGAUAUUGAGCUUUAGAUGUUCAUGAACUAAAGCUCAUUUUCCCCCAAUAAGCCAAGGGAUCCAACACAAGAUGUGUGGUGGCUCUCCUACAGGCUUUAGUGUGCUGGUGCUGGCUAUCUGGUCUCAUGUUGGAGAGGAGUGCUGGAGGGAGGGAGGGAGGAGACUACCUGGCCCACCCCUUCCUCACACACUCCCGUAGUCUUAGCUUGGUAGUGUACAAGACCCGCCUUCCACACUUGCCCAAUAUUUAGUCACACACUGAGUUGCACACAAUAGAUGCUGAUGCUCCUAGGUGCUAUAUAAUGCCCUGAAAGAAGUAGAGGGAUAGAUUCAUUAUUUAUGUAAUAAUUGAUAUUUAUUUAGUCCUAAGUAUAAGCCCAUUACAAUAAUCUGUAGUGUUUUCAGUAUAUUAAUAUUUAUCCUGUCACAACUAGGUUAUUUAGUGGCUUAAAAGGUUUACAUAAUUCCAUUGGUGCCAAGUCACUUGGAAUCUGCUUCAUGGAUUAAACCGGUAAGAACUAUUGACACGUGGUGCUAAAUUUGAGUAUGUGUUUACCAUUAAGAUCAUAAAUCCCUCUGGAGCAUCUGUAUGUUUUAUCUCACACUAGCGAUGGGUGGCUAAAUAUAUGGGUCAGUGGAGGUCACAGUGGGCAGCUUGUAGCCACUCCUGCUGGUCCCCAAGGGUUCUUUCUUAUGGUCUACACAAGGGCUGGAGCUGGAUGCCCUUUUAUUGACCCAUGUGUGGGGCAUGUGUACCCUUGGCCACUGGGCUGGAGCUGUGGCUCUCCCAUACUGUACAGCAGCUGAGUGGGUCCUGUGCUCCAUCACUAGUACUUGUGACCAUCUCACACCCUUCUUUUGUAUCUGUUUAAUUUAUUGUAUACCUAUACUUUAGUUUGAUGAUCUAUGUAAUUUUGUCUCCCAUAUAUUUCAUUUCCAGUGAAACUGGGAAAGAUGAUACAGAAAUGAAUGGAUUUACUCAUGAAUAGUUAUAGCAAGGUGUGGCUGAGCAUGGAACUUAAUGGAGCACAGUUGACCACACACAAGUUGUACAGUGUUGCAAGUGUUGGCUGAGGCAGGUGACUAAAGGCAGGGGAACUAUAGUUGCCACAGGCUAAGCUGCUCCAGGAGCCACACCCCUUGCUUCCUGCUCCCUCUUGGUGGGGCAGCUCACUGAGGCACUCACAAUGUUCUAGUCACUUAACACUAUUUUUAUAUGUAAAUGGCUUUCUAUCAUCUUAUUAAUUAGCCUUGCCUUUAAUUAAUUUUCAAAAAUAUCAAUAGGAAAACAGAAUCAAAGUAUUAAUCCUGAAGGAAAAUUGUGAAAAUAAAUUGAUAUUAUAUAUGUAAACUUAUCCCUGUGACCGUCAACACAAGCCACGUUUCCAGUGACCCGUGUCGACAGUUGUCUUGACAACUUUUAUGUAAAUAAUGUGUGUUUGUUUAUGCAGUUUUCUGAAAGAUUAAUACUUUGAUAUUUUCUUUUCCAACUGAUUUUCUUUUGAAUCACCAAGGCAUUAGGACAAGACUAAUUCAUAAAGUGAUUGAAUAUAAAUAUGAAAAUUUGUAGCAGCGGCAGGAACACAAGUGCAGCAGCGAGCGUCCCCGCCAGCAGGGGAGGUGGCGGCGGCAGGAGUGCGGCUUGUAGAAAGGCUCAGCCCGUGGCAACUUUAGUAAAUAUAUUAGCAUUCCUUUCCUCUUAAUUUUUGUAACAGACAAUGUUUGUCCGAGUUUCGUACAAACCUGACCGUGUUUCUCCAUUACAUUUGUUCUAAGAAUAUUACUAUAAAGCUAUAAAUGAGAUUGUAUUGUAAUGGAAUAGUACAUUUGAUGGAACUAAAUAUCCAAAGAAACAGUCCCCUAGAGACACUAAUUAUCAUUUUCAUUUGUAAUUACAUCUCAAAAGAUGAAACUUUAGCUUUUAAUAAUCUAAGUGGGAUUAUUGUAAGUGCUGCCCUUCAAUGUAUGAAGCUAUUCUUGGCUAGAUUUUUGAACUAUCACUUAAAACAGUUUGAGUAAAAUAGUAUAUGUUGGUAGACCAGCCAACUUUGUUCAGAGCUCAAUGGAACUCCGUAUACCAGCAAGUGGUGCUUAAAAAAUCUAUUGCCUGAGCAGUACCACUCUAAGGUCUGUCUCCAACAGAACCAGAUGAACCAGAUAUUUUAAAAGACUUAAGGCAUGAUAGUGUUACUUCACUGAUUCUUGUAAUGCACUCAUAAGGGCAAAACCUGUGCAGCCAUUUGUCUCAUGCAAGAAUAGGAGUCUACACUCUGGGUGUGAAUUUUUGUCUGUGGCAACAAAAGGCUAAAAAUGCUUGGUGAAUAACACUGUCAUGCUUUUGCGAUUUCACAUCUGUGACGCAAACAUUAUGAACACAUGUGAAGACAACGGAAGACAGGGCCCAGCAUGGUUCAAGUACAGUAACUAGCUGAUGGUGUGAUAUAGUGAAAAGCACCAGCUUCCCCCUCUGGUAUUGUAAACUCUGCCUUUGAUUUUGAUCUCAGGAGGAAAAUGCCAGAACCAACAGUCUUGCAGUGCAUCAUGUGCCACUGAAGUGAAAGAAUGGAAGUGUCUGAGUCAGUAAUGAGGAAAACUGAAUAACAUGGUAAUGAACUACUAUAUAAGCAGUGGGGGAAGCUGUUUCUGCUUGACUCCAUCAUAUUAUCAGGACAGUGGCUUGCCAAGCAAAGAUACAUCAAUUGAUGACCCUUUUGUGUUUAAUGCUGCCAAGGUGCCCCGUAAGGUUCUCUAUCCCGUAUUUUUUUUUUACUUUGGAAAGCGAAUCUUACCGAAUUCAGGCAGAAAAGAGUGGUAAGCUGCAAGUUAAAGAUGUUUGUGGUGCAGCUACAAGGGCUGUGCCUCCACUCAUCACUCUGGAGGGAGACGCUGUAGCUGCACCACAAGCAGUGAGCAAAAAUGGAUAGGUGUCAUUUUCCUAUUUUUGAUCACUGGUUGAUGGGUCAUUCUUUAAGAAAUGUAAUUUUCUUCUUUAUUACAGUUAGAUAUUACUAUUUAGUGAUCGUGCAUUAACAUAUUUUGCUUUCCUUUUGUGAUCUGUGCAUCAUUGUUCCAUUGGCACAGCACUGUCUCUGCUUGUAGAUUAGGAUUAGCCUGUUUAGAUGCUUGAGUAUUUUUGACUUUGCUGUUGUCUUCAUGUCUAUUCAUCUAGAUGAUGUCAGGCCCUGUGGGUGUGGUGGUGGUAACACGCAGCGUGGGGUGGGAUGUGUCUUCCAUUUUGUGGAACUACUUUAAUAAUUAAAAAUGUAAUUAUAAAACUAAUAUUACAAUUGGAAAUUGUAAACUUAAUGCAUAAUCUUGUAUGUAAAGGAGAGGUAAAUGCUCACUAUAAAUCCACUGUUCAUUUAAUGAACAUUAGGUGCACCAAAGAGGUGCACAUCAGUGACUGAAGACUGCAAGCUACUAAGGUGCAGUAGUCAUAAUGUAUGGGUCUGUUAGCACCAGGAAGGCCAGCACUUUAUAAUGCUUGGAGCCAGCACUGGAACACAGGCUGUGCAAAGUUUGAGUUGCCUGGCACUCACUGUGAUUAGCUCCAGCUCUCCUUAACAUACUAUUUAAGAAGCCAGAUAGAUAACAGUUAAAGAUCAGUUAAUAUUAGAGAUCUGAUUGCCGUUAAGUAUCGUGACGUGCAUCGUGUCAGAGGGCAGGUUUUAUAUCUUAUACGUCAUGCCUUGAAGUGAAUUCAGCUGCAGAAGCUGAACAAAGGCUACUAUACUCAGUCUCACAGACUCUGGCAAAGUCAUUUUGCCACUUAUGGAUCAGCUGUCACUAUGCAAUAUUCUCACCCCACUGCUUGAAUACAUUUCCAUCUUGUUUCAUCAUAUGCAGCAGUGACUGUAUAUUCAAACCCAAAACAUUAAUUUUGUAAGAUACCAGAUUAUACAGAUGCAAGUAAUCUGGUAUCUUACAAAUAAAUAAAGGUUUUGGUAGAUGAGAUCAUGACUCGGUGAUAGUGGUACUGCAUUUGCAAAUCACUAGGUGGCAUGAUCACUAUGCUGGAGUCCAUAAGCCUGAGUGUAGUAAGAUGCAUACUGCUGAAUGUUCAGUUUGCACAAUUUACCUUGUUGCUCUCUACUGUGAGAAACCCAAAAAUCUGCAUAGUUGUUGUGUUAAUGAUCUGAUAUAUGUAUAUUGUGUCCUCAGAGCAUAUUUUGUUCACAUAUGUGUUCUUAUAUAUAUUAACUGAUGUUAAGCAAAGGUUGUGAAUUUUAUGUGGCUGCAUGAAUGAAAUGUAUUAUUCUUUGGGCCUGAUGAAAAUAUUAUCAAAGGAAUGUUCCUUAUAGCUGGCAACAUUUAUGCACCUACUGCAAUAUCUUUGUAGUUUAUUUAAGAGAAUAUUAUUCCAUUUUAAGGAGCCCUAGUAUUAUCAAAAGAAAUGGAGACAUCGUCACCCCCACCUGCAAUGAAAUGCAUCCUGAAAGUUGGUGGUGUUGCUUGUGUGGUGUCCUGGUGCCAAGCUCACCACCAUUAGCACCCGCUACCACCACCACCACAACAACCCCGGCCCUCACAGCCGACCCUCACAGAGCCACACCACCUCCCAACACUCUCUUGUUAAAGAAAAGUAUUGAGAUAAGACCUCUGUGACGAUAAAAUAUAUUUAAUUUCCUUGCAUUUACAAAUGUCCCUCUAGUUCUGAAAGUUGUAUUCUUUAUUGAAUUGGUUAUCACACUAUUAAGAACUGUCUGAGAGGCCUUACUGUGUAUGAUGCAGAAGAAGAGUUAUAAAGAUCAAUGUGGCUCUGUAAGGGUCAGACUAUGAUAACAAUAAAAGGUUGACUGGAAA